GGCACUGGCUACUCGCACGCAUUCAAAAGUAGUUUUAUCCGCAAAGCCUCCCUUGACGCACGCGAAGUACGAUCUACGAGCUGGCUACACUAUUGUUUUCGAAAAAAAAUUGAGUGUACGUUGUGUUCAUGAUAAGUGGAUAGUGUUUGACUUAAAAGGAAAGAUGGGGUUCUCAAGCACAACAAUUUUAUUGCUGGCCAUAGUUUCACAAGUAUUUACGGCCCCCCAAUUCAUUACAUUCAAAGAAGGCAAAGUGGGGGUAAACUUUGGCGGUUACCACGCGGCAGCUGGUUUGGGAGGACUAUUAGGUAACGGCGGAGCCGGCGGGCUGUUUGCCGAGGCCGGCACUCCUCACGGGCAAGCAGCGGCUGCCGGGCUUGGCGGUGGAGCCAGCGGUGGCGGGAGUGGAGGUGGUUUAUACGCCGGAGCCACCGCCGGAGGCAACGUGAAAGCGGCCGCGGGGCUCGCCGGAGGCGCCGAUGCCGAGAAAUCUGGUGGCAUUGGGUUCGCUGGAGCUUCCGCUGGCAAUCGCAACGCUGCUGCUGGUUUGGGCGGUGAAUCCGGUGCUGCAGGGUCAUCAGGAUUUACUUACUCAAGCAGCAAGUCAUUUGGACUAUCGUCUGGAGCCGUUGAGCAACCCAUCAGUCACGUCGACAAAAAAGUGCACACUGAAUUCGAUUUCAAUGCUGCAUCGCCCGUUGUACCUUUAACUAAUACCGUUAUAAAAUCCAAGACCAGAGUCAAGGAAGUGCACGUUGAACAACCUCCGCCAGUGGUCGUUGAAAAACACUUCGUUCAGCCUCAACCGGUAGUGGUGGAGAAGCAUGUUUACCAUGAACAACCCGUGGUUGUAGAAAAGCAUAUCUACCACAAGAAGCCGCAUCGUUUUCAUAACAAGGUGUCAGUCCACGGAUACAUAGGUGGCGCUGGGGCGUUACCGCCUCCCCCUCCAAUUGAAAAGAGAAUUGACGUUGGAGUCGAGAACUAUGCCAGUGCUGGAGCUGAUGCCGCUGUUGCACACGGUGGUAACCAACAAGUCUCUUACACCAAGCAAGUUAAUUUCCAAAGGAAUCCACAAUUCUUUGCCGAUAUAUUCAACAUUCCAAUUUCUACUUUGAAAGCGGUGGGGAAUUUCCUGGGUAAUACAGCCGGGAGCACCAGCGUUUCGGUCCAAAAGUCCGCGUCGGUGCAAUCGGGCGCAGAAUCACCGAAGCAUGAUGGUCUAUCAUCAGAUUCAUCUAAACAGACCCAAGUGUCCAUACAGACACCGGAUGCAUCCAAAUUCAUUGAUGACAUUUUCGCUAUACCCAUAAAUACGCUUGGCGCUGUAAACAAGUUCCUGGAAAACAAUGUCCCAGCCAGAAAAAAGGUUCAGGUAUCAUCAGACGGCGUUGAAGAACCUGCGAGAUUCAGAGGUGGCCGCCACGCAAGGAGAAGGGUUAACAAAACUGUGACUAUAGAGCAACCUCAGAAUGCGGCAGACGAAAUAAAAGAGGAAUGAUUAAAUAAGACUAGGUACUAAUAUCU